CUGAGAUGCACAGAGCGGAGCGCUAGACGACGGCAGGUAUCACCAACACGGUCAUCACAAGAAACAGCACAAUAAACACCAGUAUUAGGCGACUCGCUCUCCACUGCCUGCUGUCAGACGCAAGGAUGCACUUCGCUCCACCCGUCAGCAGAAACAGGAUCAUAUCCACCUUCCCCAAGUGUUAUAAUCCACAAGCCUGUCUGCAGAUGAAGGAGGACUGGAGCUCUAAAGCUAAACUGGCUUGCCGUGAUCGCUCCACCAGGCAGCAGGGACUGGACAGAUUGAAGAUGUCAAAAGCAGUAGUAGUAGGAGACCUAAACGUAGGGAAGACAUGCUUAAUUAACAGAUUCUGCAAAGAUGUUUUUAACAGGGACUACAAGGCCACCAUUGGAGUUGACUUUGAAAUUGAGAGAUUUGAACUCUCUGGGCUUCCGUACUCCCUGCAAAUCUGGGACACGGCUGGCCAAGAGAAAUUCAAAUGCAUUGCUUCUGCUUACUACAGAGGAGCCCAGGUGAUCAUCACUGUCUUUGACAUGGCAGACAUUAAGACCCUGGAGCACACACGGCAGUGGCUGAUGGAAGCUCUGGGAGAGAAUGAACCAAAUACCUGCUUUAUGUUCUUGGUUGGUACCAAGAGAGACCUCUUGUCUGCAGAAGAAUGCCAGAGGACAGAGAGAGACGCAGUGAAGAUGGCAUCUGAGAUGAACGCUGAGUUCUGGUCUGUCUCAUCCAAAACAGGGGAGAAUGUGCAGGAGUUCUUCUUUCGAGUGGCUGCACUCGCCUUUGAAGAUGCUGUCCUGAAAGACAUGGAGCUGGGGAACUGCAGUGUUAAGAUCGGAGAUGGAGGCAUUCUCAAAGGUGACACAGCCCAGCAGGACUCUGAGGUUCAUGCGGCGAGGAAGACCUGCUGUUGACCUGCUGAAGGUUCCGCAACCUGCAACCAGUCGAGGAACCAACCUGGGAGAAUUACCUCUCAAUAAACAAACCCACUCACAAGCAAACAAACCAUGCUACAAUAGACUGGUUCCAUGCCAUGGGUCUGUGAAGGUAGGCCUUGUUUGUGGAUGGCUGCAGUGUUUGAAGAUGCAGCUUAUUUGAGGAACAUCGCCGAUGAAUUCCCCAGGACUUCCUGAACAAGAAUGCUUAUGGUGUUUUAUGGCCUCAGUAUUGUGCUGGUUAAACUACUGCCAUUAUAUAAAUGCUUUGUAUCAUUUUAUAGUAGUCUAACAUUGAGUCUUGGAGAUAUGAACUUUGGUUUGAACUUUUCAGCAUUAGUUCAAUGUCAGACUGAAAUUGAAAUUGAAUCCAGUAUUUUUUAAAUGCAUGAUUAUUUGCCCAUUAUUAUCACUGGGUUACAAUUUUUAAAAGAUUAUGUAUUUCAUUCAAUUUGUAUUUCAAUUACAAUUCAUUGUAUUUAAAUUACUUUGAAUAAAAAGUUAUGAAAUGUCAUGAAUGAAAUGUUACU